GUACAGACAUAAAGCAGCGGGUUUCACGGACGAGGUUGCAAAAGCUGUUUUACCGACACGUGGCAUCACUACCAGCCGUAGAUUCUCAUGCAGAUGCACACCAUCUUUAGAUCACUCCGAGUUGAUGAUGAAGACACUAUUUAGCUCUUGAGAGAGAGAAACAGAGUCAAAGAUAGAAAAAAAAAAGAAAAACAAAAUUGGUGGUGGCAGAAAGAAAACAAAAAAAAAAAGAAAGCAGUUGCUUUUGGGAAGGCCAUGGCGGCGUGGCAGAGCUGUAAUUCUGCGUCUUUAAUGCAAAAUUGAAGAAGCCGAUUUAUCAUCAAUCGCCUCCCUCCUCUCUUCAAAAAUCUACAAACCCCUCUUUUUUGUCUCUCCCUCUCUCUCUCAUAAAACGCCAUCCAUUCCAAUUCCAUAAAAUUAAAAUCCUCUCUCUAAAGAGCUUAUUGUUAUGUUAUGCCGUCUUGUUUAAUUUCUCCACAUGCAAAAACUCGGCAGCGGUACGAUUGUGUCUGAUUCGGCCAGAAAUCAGAAGCAGUCUGCCUCAAAACCCACAUUUCUACACUCCCCAAAACAGCAACAAUUAAAGCGUGCUGCUUCCUUAUCAAGGCUAUGGAUGCUCCUCACUCCCAAUUAACCACCGCAAAAGCAACAUCGACAACAUCAUGGCCGGCUUUUUCUCACUAGGCGCCACCACCCGCCCCGAUCAACAAACCACCACCACCACCACCACCACCACCAACAAUAAUCCAGAAAACUGGUUUUUAUUCCGAAAUGAAGAGGUUCCUUCUUACAAGGGUUUCGAGCUCUGGCAGCCCCAGCCCUCGAAUCCCCUGCAGCAAGCGGAGAAUUUCCUGCAGCGGGAGGCGGUGAGCAGUCACCCGCUGCAGGAUCUGUACGCUUCUGCGGGGGGACUGGCGGUGGGGCCCAGCCAGCAAUCGCCGAGAUCGGGGUUUCUGAUGAUGAGGAGCGGCGGGGGAGGAGGGAUCAGCUGCCAGGACUGCGGGAAUCAGGCGAAGAAGGACUGCUCGCACAUGAGAUGUAGGACCUGUUGCAAGAGCCGAGGGUUUCAGUGCCAGACUCAUGUGAAAAGCACCUGGGUUCCCGCUGCCAAGCGAAGAGAGCGACAGCUGCAACAUCAACAACAACAGCAGAGUGGUGAGAGGGAGAGGGAGAGGGAGAGCUCCAAGCGCCACCGGGAGUCUCCCAGUCCACUUGUGUGCACUCGCAUCCCCUCGACCACCACCACUGGGUUGGAAUUGGGGAAUUUCCCAUCGGAAGUGAGCGCGGAGGCGGUUUUCCGGUGCGUGAGAGUGAGCGCAAUGGACGACGCGGAGGAGCAAUUCGCGUACCAAACCGCCGUCAACAUCUCCGGCCAUGUCUUCAAGGGAAUUCUCUACGAUCAAGGCGGAGAAAGCCAGUACAUCGCCGGAGAGACCUCCUCCGACGCUUCCGCCGCUCAUCAACACCUCAAUUUGAUCACCGUUUCUUCCGCCACCGCCACGUCAGCCCCAAUCACCACCACCUCCGCCGCCGCAGCAGCUCCUUUCCUCGAUCCUUCUUUAUUUCAGCCGCCAGUUAACAACAGCUUCGUCGCCGGUACGCAAUUCUUCCCACGACCCCCAAGAUCUUGAGAAAUUUCCACCACAUUUAAUCCUCUCUCUCUAUCUCUAUCUCUAUCAUAGUGUGUUUGUUGAAAGGGGAAAUUAUUGUACUAGAGAGACAAAAAGAAGCAGGAAACGAGGGGAUUGUGUUUGAUUUUUAGUUCAUAUUUCGAUGCACAUCUUCAAAUUCUAUCUAUCUUCUUCUUCCAUUUCAAUUUACCAUAAAAAAAUUGUUCCUAUUUUUCGCUCUAAACAAGGGCUUGUCGUUGUUUCCUUUUCUGUUUAUUUCUAUAAUACUAUUAUUUUCUCCUCA